CACGACACUACCCAAGGCGUCUUCGGAACGUCUGACCCGAGAUGCACUUAUCAAGACGUGCAUUCAUUUGCAUGCACCAGAGACACGCCCCCACUGAGUCGUCAUCAGCUCUACAGUAUGUACUCUCUGUUACCUGCUUAGCUGUGCGUGCAUCCAUCCGCAGACCAUAGCUUACAUACUGUACCCUCGAUAUCAAACCCCAUUGGAAGUCUUUAUAAGCAAGGGACGCAUUUUCGCUACACGGAACGUUCCUAGACCCCGAUGCCGAGAACGGCACAGCCGCGAGGGAUCCCACAUCACGUUGGCUCUCUCUUUAGUCAAGCCUAGGCCAAGCCAAGCCAAGCAACAAAUCUCUUGAGACGCAAGGGCAGAGGAAUAAUUGAUAACCUCACGGUAAUAGAACGAAUGAAAUUAAGCUUUCACCCAACGGCUUGGUAAUGGGUAAACUCUUUCCGAUCCAGGCAAAGUACCAAGCAAAGUCCCACAGAUGUCCAUCGCCUCGGGAUUUAGCAGUGGAUAUACCUCUGAAGAUCUUGAUGCCCAACCCUCGACUCUCUUCUCCAAAGUGAAAAUAUCUCAACAGCAGCAUUCUGGACCCUUCUUUUCCUGAAGAGGCAUGUGCGACAGAAAUGUCGGGAUCUCCAUCCUGUCCCUCCCUUUUCGCGCUCAGCACACCCCUGUCCUGUCUUGUUUUGAGCAUAGGCCCCCUCCCUCCCCAAAGAGAGCACGUCGUUUGUCUCACAGGGAGAAGAAUCUGGGUGUCUUGUCUCUUGAUGGCAAAGACCGCGAUCAGGACCAUGCGGUUUUGCAUUCUGCGUCAUCUCGCCAAUUUUUUCCAGCAGCACGGUUCCGCAGACUUGGUGCGAGACAAGGAUUCCAUCAUGGCAUGGGGGACAAUCAAUCUACGAUAGGCCAACUUUGUGUCCGUCUGUAUUGCUUUUUAUCCUCCCUCGGCCGAGAUGUAUACUUUUCGGCCUCUGGUGAGAAAUCUGCCGAGGGGCAUGGGGGGAGUAACUGUUCAAGAUGCCCUGAAACAGUCUCUGGUACAUAGACACUCUGUUCACUUCUCUGUUGCCUAUGUUGCAUCGCAAAUAUCGCUUCCUUCGCGAUCAUCCUUGAGAAGUCAUGAUUAACCAGGUUACUGGUAAUUGUACCUUAUUGUAA